AUGAGUGUGUCUACGGGACCAUCGGAUUUGUUGAUGACAAUUUUGGCUAGGAGAGUGAGGGAAAUAGGCUUCGUCGUUGGUUAUUUGCUAUGUUGGUGGAUAUUACACGUUGGCAGUCAGAUUGACUUACUUUGCUGCAAAUUGACAGAAAUUUCUCAUAAUUGUGAAAAAGAGAAAUUGCAGAAACAUAUAAUAGAUGACAUCGUUGGCAGACAUCAACGAAUCAUACAAUUCUCAAAGAAUAUUGAGAAAAUCUUCACUUACAUAUCGUUGUGUCAAUUUGUAUCGAAUAUGUUAGUAAUCUGUUUCAUAAGUUUCAUUUUGGUGGUCUCUUCACAUAUGGACCAGGCGACUGUGUUAAUAAUGAAAUGCUUUCCGUAUUACAUUGCUGUUAAUUGUGAAGCAUUUGUAUUAUGUUAUACUGGCGAAUAUCUUACUUCUAAGAGCGAAGAUAUUACUAAAUCUGUAUAUAAUUUUCUUUGGUACGAAUUAAAACCUCAAAAUGCUCGUGUUAUAUUAUUAAUGAUAUUGCGAUCACAGGGAAAAUUAACAUUAACAGCGGGAAAGUUUCUUUCCCUUUCUCUCGAGGCUUUUACGAAUAUGUUAAAAGCAUCUGCCUCGUACGUGUCUGUUUUGUACGCAAUGUACUGA